AUGCUGGUGAAGGAAUAUCGGAUCUGUAUGCCUCUCACCACCGAAGAGUACCGAGUCGGACAGCUGUACACCAUCAGUAAGCACAGCCAUCAGGAGAGCGACCGAGGAGAAGGGGUGGAAGUGAUGAAAAACGAGCCCCACGAGGACCCCGUCCACGGCCCCGGCCAGUUCACCGAGAAGCGGGUCCACCUGUCCAGCAAAUUGCCUAGCUGGGCUCGUGCGGUAACACCACGAAUCUUCUAUAUCACCGAGAAAGCCUGGAACUAUUACCCAUAUACCAUCACAGAGUAUACAUGCUCGUUUCUGCCCAAAUUUUCUAUCUACAUAGAGACCAAGUAUGAAGAUAAUUGUGGAAAUAGCACCAACAUCUUUCCCAGUGAAAAAAUCUUGGGAGACCAUGAAGUGAUGUUCUUGGACAUUGCUUUUGAUGAAAUCCCAGAGCGCUACUACAGCAGCUUAGAGGAUCUCCGGUCCUUCAGCUCAGCUAAGACGGGUCGCGGGCCACUCCUGGAGGGCUGGCGGGAACAGACACAGCCCAUCAUGUGCUCCUACAAACUGGUGACGGUCAAAUUUGAAGUCUGGGGGCUGCAAACACGGGUAGAACAAUUUGUCCAUAAGGUUAUUCGAGAUAUUUUACUCAUCGGACAUCGCCAAGCCUUCGCCUGGGUGGACGAGUGGUGUGGCAUGACCAUGGAUGAAGUCCGCUUAUACGAGAAGGAGACCCAGCAGGCCACCAAUGAGAUUGUGGGCAUCGUGACACCCACUAUCUCCAUCAGUGAAGUCCACCUGCCCCCCAGCACUCAGAGCGCCCCCUCCAGUGCCCCCUCCACGCCGCUCAGCGGAGAAGCCCCGGAGUUCCUCCACGUGCCCAAGGACCGCCAGCGGAAAAAAUCCGCCCCAGAAAUGCUCUCACUGCCAGUCCUGCGAGAACGUUCCAACCUGGAGUAA